AUGUCUGGAAAAGUGCAGCAAAAUAUUGAAGAGAAAACUAUAGAGGAUUUUUUAUUCUUUUUAGUACAUUUUAAAGAAGCGUUUGAUUCAUUAAAAUCCGAAAGCGACAAAGAAAUAUGCAAAAAAUGGCUGGAUAAACUUGCAAUUGAAACGUAUAAAAAUACAAAUGAAAAACAAGCGCGUAAUAUUUAUUUGUCGCAACUUAUAUUAAGUAUGAAUGACCGAAAGCUGACUGCUCCUUUCAAUGAAAGUCCAAAACCCGGCCCACUAACUUUGGAUGGCGUAUUUACGAAAAUUACUACUAAACCCAGUUUAGAAGUUGAACAGGAAAAAGAAAUCAAUGAAAACAAAGAGAAAUGGACGAAAUUUAUUCGAAAUCGAGAAUUAGAAAUGGUCGACUUGAAUCAUUUAUCGAACGAUGGUCGUACAUACAUAGCGUGCAAGACUUUGCCUGAAAAUGGUGGUUUAUUCGCAUACGUUGCCGUGACGGUGGGUGGAAAUACGGGAUGUUGGGUUAAUACGUGUGGUCAACCAAUUCCAACACCUGUAGUAAAGCCGAUAGACUUAAAAGUUGAAAUGUCCAGCACGCCGAAAAAAGUCUGUGAACAAGAAGACAAAGUGUAUCAACUAACGACCGAAGUUAGAGCAAUUUUAUCAAAUCGAAAAUCGCAAGAAUCCCGGAUGUUGACUUAUGAAUUUUUCAAAAGAUUACAUAAUAACAUUGAACAGGAGAUGUUGUCUGAAGAAGAUCCUAACAGUACUGCUUGCCACGAUCCACACGUCGAGGCAUUACUUGAAAAACUAAUAACCGAGAGCAAAGGAUGUGAAAACUUCAACCCACACUUAUUCAAACGUAUAAAAAUGCUUUCAUUGUUGAAAAAGAGACUGAAGAAUAUGCUACAAGAAAUCGAAGAACGUAACCAACAACUUUCUAACCACGAAAUCGCUUCGACUUCUCCGAUAUUAUCUCUACUCAGCCCAGCGUCCACCUGUUCAAAUUCUAUGACCGAAAUGAUGUGGCAGGGAGCAUUAAUGGAAAAACCCACUAGCAAGAUGGCGGAGACGUUGGCCAAGACAUAUCCCGCCUGUGUGGUUAAAAUGUUGUUAGCUCUGUUGGCGCGAGAGCGUCGGAAAAUCAUAAACCAGCUGCAGGCAAAGCAAGAAAAACUAGUAAUGUCCGUGAAGAGAGAUCUAUUCAACGAAAUCAAAAAAGGCAUAAUGGCUUACAAGGUGGCCAGACAAGAAUGGGUAGAUGUGAUGCGCAUCGUGAUGCAUUACAACAAGAUAAAAGAAAGUUUGAUCGAAAAGGACCUUGGCGGCAGUUCUAACAAUACAAAAAGUGACUAUCUACAGGAAACAAUUCACAAGGAAAUCGAAGACACCGUGAAGCGACUAGACAAAGGUAAUAGGAAAAACGAGAAGCUACAAGACGACAUAUGUGAGUUAAACAAGAGCAUACAUGUGAUAACCGAAAAAAUAGAGCUCGAACAAGUGCAAUCCGAAGACCAAUUGCGUGCUUUUCAAAACGAAAUAUGCACUGAAAAAAGUUUGAUUAUGAAUAGAACCCAGACUAUUUCAAAAUUAGAAAAAAUGGUAAAAGCGACGCAAAAAUAAUUUAUUUUUUAAUUGACAUUUGAAUAUCUAUCUACGUCAAUAAUAUAAUAAGUGUUUUUAACAAACAUUCUAAUGUUUUGUUGGGCACUUGUUUUAACUUACAUUUAAAUAAAUCGAAUGCUUUGUUUAUUUCAACUGCAUCACGCAUGCCGUAUAUUAUUUCUUGAUUUACGGUUAUAAAAACCAGCUAAUCCUUUUAAAUGCUGGAAUAUGAACACUUAAUAAUGUUUUUGUAAUACUAAAAAUAAAUGACUACAUACUAGUUAUGAAGGAAUUGUUUAAGCCUAUACCUA